CAUAUAUAUAUACUGAAUAAUAUUAUCUAACAUUUUUACAUUUAGAGGAAGAAUAAUUAUUAUAUUGGAUUAUUAAAAACUUAUUUUUAUGAAUAUCAUCUUUAACGUAGCCAUUCUGUAUAUAUAAAUUUAAUCUUCAGUUCACCAAAUGUAAACUUAUUUCUGUCUAUUGAAUGUCUUUUUCUUUUUUUUUAUUGUUUUUGUGAACCGGUCGUGAAUGUUUCACCGGAUGGUCUCUUCGGAAGAUCAGUGCUUGAAGUCGCCAGCGUCAUUCCGAGAUGACCCCAUUGCACUGGCGCUUUUUGCUUUCUAUGUUUUUCUGUUAUGUCCAAUUAUCUCUUCUGUUUGAGCUUACGGAUAAAUUAUUUCUAUAAGUUGUUUUAGGAUGACAAUAAUUGUAGAGAAUUAAAUCUGAACAAAAAGUUAAAAAACAGGAAUAAGGUGUGGCUAUUUGACUUAAAUACGAUGGUGAACGAUCGAUCACUAUUUACUUACCCCCUUAUUCAUAAACGCGUAAUAAAGUUAAGAUGCCGCUAAUAAUCGUUUGUCCCUUUACGACGUAUUGGUAUGAUGGAAAGGGACAAACGAUUUUUAGCGGCAUCGUAACUUUAGUACACGUUUAUGAAUAAGGGGGUUAGUGUGUAGGGUUGGUCCUGCUUACGUCUCAUGAAUCACCCUAUCAAAUAUAUACGUAAAACGUCCUUGGACGGUGCAAACGGAAAUGUACUCGUGUUUUGCUUGUCACGGCGUAACGAUUACUGAUAAAUGGUUGUUGUUAUUAAUGUUAUUAUCAAUCGAUUAAUGCCUGAUUAUCCGAUACAGUGCACUUUAUUUGUACUCGUACAUAUGUACUAAGGGAUAUAAAACUGGCCAAAACGAGCCCUGAGGGUUCCGCACCGUUAUAUACAGUCUUUAUUUUUUCCUUAAGCUGGAGCUUUUAUUUUAUUAUCAUAGUGAGUUUGAGAUUGAUAUGUUGAAACUACAUCAUCUUCAUGAUACUUAUUAUACCUCCUCUUUAUGAUUACUGGAUACAGGCCAUAUCAGUUGUCAUAACUGCCUGCCUGCUUAUUAAAUAUGCCUAUUAUAUUUACCUAUUAUAUAAAAAUAAUUUAUGGGAAACCGCAGGGCAGCUUGUGGCGAAAUGUUAGGGAGUAACAACCCCACGGACCCCCGAGUACUUCCCAGAGUUGGUCAAGGUGUCCGUCUCCGGCGUGUCUUCGUCGAUCGGAGCGGAGUCCCAACUCUGGCUUGCCUUCUUUGGCCGUCCAGAGAGGAGUCGUUAGAGCUUUAUGCUCCAGGGGUGGAAGUGAAACAUGCAUAGAACGCGAGUUGGCACAGUGGCUGUUAUCAGCCAGAUUACCCAGUCUCAUUUUCCACCUAAACUUCAAUCCAUAGACCGUUAUACUGUUCACUUUUUCUACAAUAGUCCCAAUGCCUGCUGCGACCGGUUCAUGGGUGUCUAUUGUUGCGCCUGUGAACGAGUUUCCGCAGGCGUUCUACAUGACAUUAAAGCUCUCCAAGGGCCCUCUGCAUGUUGGAUCUAUAUCCCCACGCAAACCUAUCAAAAGACCGGGAUUUAUAGGCCCGUGAAAUCCAAGGAAAUUUAUGGAAAACUUUAUUGACAUUUUUGUGGUAAAAUCGUUUGCAAUGGGGUUGGCAACUGUCAAAGGUUUGCAUAGAUGGCGCCAUCAUAGCUUGCCCCUGUCUCUAGUUUUGUUCUAUGAGAUUUGGCUUAAAGUACUGGAAUCCAGGUCACAAAAUUCCAAAAAAAAAAACAAGAAUUUGACACAAUUAUAGGGAUUGACAGGGCAAGCUAUGAUGGCGCCAUCUGUUUAAUACUUCGACCGGCCAACCCCAUUGCGAAAUAUUUUCUUCUUGUUUACAUUAAUUAUAUACGAUGACUUUCAUCGUCCGUUGUCAAACGGUACUCCUUGCCAAGUUGCCAGUAAAUUAAAUGAGUACCACUGCAAAUCUUGCCAGGCUUUAUUCGCAUUACAAAGCAACUUUUGCGUUUGCUGAAUGUAAAAAACGGGAUCGAAAGGCUUUUUUAUUGUUGUAUUAAUCAGAAAUUGUGUUGAAAAUUUAAACUACUACUUAAAUUAAAAUGAAAAGAAGAAUAUACCUAGUUCUUUAUACCCUCUUGGUUACAAAAAAAUCAGGCUUAUAGCUUUAUCCAUAUCGUAAUUUUUAGUUUUAAAAUAUAUUUCUUUAUAUUAUAUGUAGUUAUGCUAGUUUCAAGGUGCAAUUUAUCUAUGUGUCAGUAGUAGUAAAACACUUUAUUGUACAAAAAGAAACAUAAAACAGGACAGAACAUACAUCAUUUGUACAAAGGCGAACUUAUCCCUUUCAGGGGUCUCUUCCAGUUAACCUUUGAGCAAUUGAGUCGUUGCUUGAAAUAAAGAUUUUCAUUUCAUUGUUCAUUUAAUUUAUCGAUAGCAAUAUUUAAGAUGAACGGGGUUUGAUGAAUGCCCUGAAUCGCUUCAAGAAAAGUAUGGUUAGGUUGAUUGAAGUACGCAAUUUGUUUUGCAUAUCUCUAACUGUACUCCAUGCAUCCGUCUUAAAUGUGACCCGCAUUGCGAUUGCGUGAUAAGACGACUGUAUCGUGAUUUAUCUGUGGAAUAAGGUGCUAAAUGAUUACAGCUAUCCAUAUAUAGAUCUGCGGGUUUUGACUGGACUCUAUUGCCUACGACACGAAUUCAAGUAAAGCACGAUGGCUCUUGAAAUCGCGGUCGCCAUUACACUCGGCAUUACCAGUUUUGCUCUACUGGUCUAUUUGUAUUUGACCCGGAACUAUUCUUAUUGGAAGAAGCGUGGCAUAGCCGGCCCAGAGCCGGUGCCAGUUUUCGGUAACUUAAAAGACACGGCACUUAGACGCACUACCUUUAAUGAGUUGUUUAAACACUUUUACGACUCCUACCCUAAGAGCAAAGUGGUUGGGAUCUAUCGCGCCUGGCACCCCAGCAUCGUCGUCCGGGAUUUAGACGUCCUCAAGCACGUGAUGAUUAGGGAGUUCGACAAUUUCUCAGACCGUGGCUUUAGCUUCAGCAACAAAGGCCUCGGCUUCAAUCUCUUCAACGCCGAAAGCGACGACUGGCGGGUACUACGCACUCGGCUCUCCCCCAUGUUCACAACUGGAAAACUCAAGAACAUGCUCUACUUGAUCACUGAACGUGCCGACAAGUUUCUGGACUUCCUCGGCCCUGUAGUCGAGAAGUCCCCUGAACAGAAUGUCCACACCCUAGUACAAAGAUUCACUAUUGGCAACAUUGGUGCCUGCGCCUUCGGCAUUGAUAUUGACAUAAACGAUGUCGACAACGUCUUCGAAACUUUAGACAAUCUCAUAUUCACUACCAACUACACUAUCGAAUUGGAAACUAUGUAUCCCGGCAUUCUAAAGAAGUUUGACAUGUCCUUCUGGCCUAAAGCCAUCAAGGACUUCUUCUACGGACUUGUGAAUGAUAUACUACGCGAGCGCAAUGGCCAGGCGUCCAACAGGAAAGAUUUUAUGGACUUGAUGUUGGAGCUAAGAAACGCGGGCGAGAUUCAUGGAGUGAAGCGACAUGAAGACGACAAGGAUAGAAAACUUCAGAUCACUGAUGAUGUUAUGGCUGCACAGGCAUUUGUCUUCUAUGCGGCAGGUUACGAAACCAGCGCUACCACCAUGGGCUUCCUACUACACGAACUAGCCCUGCACCCUGAAAUACAAGGCCGAGUUGUCGCCGAAAUCAACCAGGUUCUCAAGAAGCACGGUGAAAAAAUUACAUACGACUGCAUUAAAGAUAUGGCGUACUUAGAACAGGUGUUUGAUGAGACACUACGAAUGUAUCCAGUAGUCGACCCAAUCCCUCGGCUCGCGAUGGGUCGCGUUGAACUCCCCGACACUGGAGUGACAGUGGAGAAGGGUAUGGGUGUCCUAGUGUCCGUCAGUGGUAUCCACUAUGACCCUAAAUACUGGUCCAACCCUACAGAGUUCAACCCGGAUCGGUUUUCGUCGGAGAACUCAAAGGAUAGACAUCCUUGCGCAUUCCUGCCUUUCGGUCUCGGACCAAGAAAUUGCAUAGGUAUGCGUUUCGCGCAAGUGCAGUCAAAGGUGUGCCUAGUGAAGCUUCUGCAGCGCUACCGCGUGGAACCAUGCGCGCACACACGAAGCCAGCUUGAGUUUGAUCCGGACAGAUUCGUCUUGAGGUCGAAGCACGGGCUACCAUUGAAGGUGGUCCCGCGAACGCAUCAGGCAACGCUUUUUGGAGGAGAUUAGUUUAGAUAUAAGAAAGACCCCACAGCAGCGUCUUCCUAGCGGCGGUGUUUUGUAACUCUGUGGCUGUCGCUCGACGCAUCGUUUGCGCAACUGCGCAGCGACGCCAUUUUCCAUAGCGCUGACUAGACGUCGACGGUCAAAAGACGCUAGUCUCUAAAUAGGUUUUAUAUGAUAUGGGAUAUGAUUGCAAAUAUUAUGAUUGUUGCUAUAAGCAAAGAGAAUUUGAAAUAGAGGUGUAUUGUCAAAGAAAACUUUGUAGCCACGUAAAUUUACUGCCAUCUUUCAACACAUGAUUAAAACUUUUAGAACGCCAUUUGACUUUGAUCCUUAUUCUUUCACUGUUAACUUUGUUAAAUAUCAAAAAGUGGCGCCAUCUUAGCGCACAACCUAAAAGUUAAGGCGCCAUCGCUCAAAACGAUGUCGCCAUACCUUUGGCCUUUGAUCUAUUAGAUGGCGCCACUUUUAGUUAUUUAACAAAUUUUACACAUAUCAGUAAAAAAAUAAGGAUCAAAGUAAAAUGGCGUUCUAAAAGUUUGAAUCAUGUGUCGAAAGAUGGCAGUAAAUUUACGUGGCUACAAAGUUUUC